GCACACCAAGUGUGGUUUCCUGAUGCGGGGAGAGUUGCUUUUGAUCGGAAUAUGUGUCAGAAAUCUUACACUGUUCAUUCGGUCGUAUUUCUGUCCUAUUUAGGGGAAGGAGGCUGGAAAGGAAAAGUAUAAAUAAGUGUCAUCUGGAUAUCCAUCAAUCGCUUUGAACCUCACCCACUACAUAUUUCAUCAUAACCGACUACCACCCUUGCAAGUUUUUGAAACCACUGCGCUUUAUCAUUCAUCAUUGACAAAAUCUCCUCAUACUAGCUUCCUUCUCUUCUCGUUUUUGAUAAACCUUGACCAAAUGCCCUUUUUGCAGCACGAAACUCCAAAAACGGUCAUGAUGGGUCCUACAGCAUAUACGGAGCAAAAGGCAGCAGUCAAUGGCAAUAGCGACCCUGUUCCAAGCCCACAGUCCAAUGGAGCGGCCGCUGAGCUCGGGAUGAACAGUCUGAUAUCGACUGCCGCCCAGAAUGCGGUCGAUUUCUCCGUUCCGAUGUGGGACCUUUCUCCUGACGAUUCCCUCAAGGGGCACAGGCCCGGUACUGGACUUGAAAAUUCUUUUUGGCUGAAGACUGACACUGAUGGCCAUCCAACUGGCCUCAAGACCUCCGUCAUUGGUACAGAUGAAAGACAAGAAGUGAACCCAGCAGACUUUGCGCCCGAUGGCAAAUACCGAUCUGUCGUUAAGCUCUCCUUGAUCUUCAAGAGGAACGGAGCUGAUGCCAAGAUGAUGGGCACUGGAUGGCUGGUGGCGCCUGACCUGGUUGUGACUGCUGGGCACUGCGUUUAUGACAAGGCCUACCGGAUGGGUCAAGUCAAGCAGAUUGUUGCAUAUCUCGGCUAUCAGGGAGUAGAUUCACUCAUGCCUCAAGGCCGGCAGAGAUCAAAUGUGGAAACUAGCUAUGGCAAAGUCGUGGCUACCACCCCCGGCUGGAUAGCUGACUUAGGCAGACAGUACGAUAUCGCCUGGAUCAAGCUCAACCGGCCUUUCCAGAACUACGGCAAACUUAUCCAAUGGGACAAGACACCAUUUCAAGGCAAGGGUGCUACCAUUGGUGUAGUUGGGUAUCCCGGAGACAAGAGCUACAAUGGGGAGUACGGGGCGAAGAUGUACGAAUGCUGGAUGCCAACAGACUGGGACCUUACGAGGAGCAAGAUGCUCGAGUAUAAGGUUGAUACAGCUGGUGGCCAAUCUGGUUCACCUGUUUUCUACAGCUUGAAUGCAGCCAACAUCAAUAAGGAUACCUACUCUCCGUACCCCGGAAUCAAAGAUCUCGCAGCCACGUCCAUUGCUGUUCAUACCUACGGCGGUGCUAUCAACGCUGGCACACCGCUCGGCCCCUUCGGAAACCCAAUGAUUCGUUACCUCGCCGUCUUGGAAAAGAACACGACGAAGUUGAACAAAGAGAUACGAUAUGUUCUCGAGUCCGGUGCAACUGAAGCCGGCCUUGAAACGCCGUUCGUGAAUGGCUUCGAUCCUGUGGUCAAGUUCAAAGAUGGGGCCCUAGAUAUCAGUGUCCCUUUUGCGAAUGAAGAAUUUGGCUUUGGCGACAUUCUCAAUAUCGGCACGAAGGUGCUUGGAAGCUUCUUUGAAAGCGCCUUUGAGGACGAUGACACGAGCGAUGCUGCCGCCGUUGAGGGUUUCCUCGAUUUUCUUGCAAAGGCGGCCAAGACAGCCACCUCUGUAGGUCUUCCCAUGCUCCUAGGUCCAGCUGGUGUGCCUGUGAGCAUGGUUGCCAACGCAGCCAUCACAAGCUUGGCCAAGUCCCUUGAUAAGAGCCGUGCGGGUGCUGAAGCGGAAGUGAUCGACGACGAGGCUGUGAAAAAACAGCUCUACAGAGCCGCAUUGGCUGAUGCAGUUUUUGACUCGUGCUGCAAGCACCACAAGGUACUCAGCGAAGAGGGAAUCUUCGACUUCGUCAAGAAGUGGGUGCCCAUUGGGGUCAAGGUUGCCACCACCGUUAGCUCUGCAUUCGGCGAGUUUGCUGAACAGGCAAGCUCAGACGCCUCGUAUAAAGUGAAUGGAGAGGGCCAUUGGGAAGAAGGAAUUCGUUGGCCAUGGAAGCCUGUGCAGACCACAUGGACCUGGGACGACCAGCCCGUUGAUCCCAAGGGAGGAAAUGUGAAGUCAGCAAUCGCUGCGCUGACUGGCAACUAUGCAGCUGAGGGAGAGUAUGCUGAGUUCACCAAGCUUAUGAACAGUGAUACAGAAUGUUGGCCAGGUGUCAAUUGGGCCAAGAUUCCAAGAGACGCGUUCAAAACGAGCCAGCAGUUCCUUAGCUCAAAUGUCGGGUCCUACCAGCUGCGGUCAGGGUCUACGGUACUCACAAACGACAUGCAAAUCACACACACGAUGCGAGCCCUGACCGGAGAGAUGCUACUGAGCGCCAUCGAAGCAGCCGAUCCGGCCCAGAUACAAGCUAUCAACAGUGAGGGCUUCUUUAGCGACACAAACCAGGCUCUCAAGAAGAUCCUUGGUAAGCUUGGUGACAGCCUCGUCACAUAUGGGCCCGAAAUUCUAGACGCUAUCAACAAGAUCGUUCAAAAGCAUAUUAGCAGCGCUGCCGUGGCCACCACUGCUGGGGCGGCGGCCACUACCAAUAUUCCGUCCCAAACGAGCAAGGCCGCUUCCGAGACCACGAACAACUCGGAUGUGAUCUGAUCUACUGGCAGGAUUCUCUUGUUCCAACAGCACCCAACCACAUCCACUCAGUGGAAGCUGCCGAUCAAUGGGCAUUAAAUGCGGAAAUAACUGUGAUUUAUGAUCCGAGGAACCAUGAACUUUUUCUUUUUUCCUUUGUCUAUUCGCUUUCCUUCCUUGCUACUGGUGCCUUCCCAUAUCACUCCUUGUUAGCACAGAUUGUCACUACACUUCCGUGUUGGAUGCACCUUUUCGCUCUUUUAAUCCUCAUGUCAUUGCUAGUACU